AUGAACUCCUCUUCCUCUGCCACAAGCUCUCAGCCCGUUCCUCAUUUGACGUCAACGCCCUCGAAAUCAUCUAGAAAGCGUGCAAGGAGCACUUCACCCUCCUUCACUCUUCGCUCCUCAUCACCCUCUGGCAUUUUACCACUCGCCACUGCCACGAAAAUGGAACAAGCGAUACGAGAUCUGAGAGCGGCAGAGCAAGAUCUUGACAUCAUCAAGAUCCAAAGGGAAGAUAAGGAAAAAGACUUGAUCCUUUCUCAAAAGGAUUAUAUGGGAAUAAAGAUGAAGGUCAGAAUGCUACGAGAGAGGAUGGAUAGGUUGAGUGUGGAAGAGGAACUGGAAACUUUACAAGGGAAGCUGAAGGAAGAGAUGGAUUCAGCCAAGCAUUUCGAACAAAGAGCUCGGGAGCUUGAGGAUGACAACGUCACAAUGCGAAAAGCUAUGACGGGACUUCAAGACACUUACACGACUAAAAUGGAGGAAAUGGAAAGAGGAAGAAUGCAAGACAUGCUCGAUAGAGAUACUAAAAUCAAUGAGAUCACUAAUUCGCUCGAGGAAAAUAAGAAAGUUGAAGGAGAUUUGCGUGAGAGGAAUGUCAAGUUGGAAGAGAGAUUGGAGGAGUUGAAGGAAUUGGUUCAUAGACCAAUUUCAAUUGGGAGCUUCAAGAUUCUAACGUCCACUGAGGAAGAAGGGAGGAAGAAAUGGACUGAUAUUGGCAUGUAG